CGUCCUCUGGAGAGCAAGCAUGGACACCCAGGCUGCGAAGUGGGCUUGGGGGGUGACUUCAGGGGACAAAGAGGUAAAGUGGAGACGCAGGCUGAGCUGGGUGCGGCGUCGCGAGUACGAAAGCGAAAGUAGGGGCUGGGGAUUUAGCUCAGUGGCACAGCGCCUGCCUGGCACAAGCGAGGUCGUGAGUUCGAUUCCCAGACCCGGGAAAAAAAAAAAAGCGAAAGUGUUUCCGUGGGAGCAGGCGAGCAGGGUGGGGCGCAGGGAGCGCUGGCGGGACACAGCCGCUCACCAGGGGCAGCGACGGGCCCGGCCCCCUGACCGCCUCGCCCCCCCACCCAGACCCGAGCGCUCGGCCCUGCAGCAGGCUGCGGGGGGCCGGCGCGGGGAGGCCGGGGCUCCCCCUUUCCCGACAGGGAGGACCGCGGGGUCUCCCGCACUCCCGCCGCCGCCACCGCACCACCUUCAGCCCGGCGCAGCUGGAGCAGCUGGAGUCAGCCUUCGCCGGCAGCCAGUACCCCGACGUCUGGGCGCGGGAGGCCCUCGCCCGGGACACAGGCCUGAGCGAGGCCAGAAUCCAGGGGGUUCCCGUUCCUCCCGGGGCGAGGUCAGAAACAAGGGCAGGGCCCGCUCGGAAGCUCGGAAUUUAAAACCGGGAGAGCCCGAGAGUUCUCCUCCGGGCGAUGAACCGCGAGAAUCUGCAGGGGCGACCUGCGGGGAGCGCCAGGUCGGGAGGCGGAGAGGCGGCAUCGCGGAGGCGCCGGCUGGCGGGUGGAGACGAUCCGACGGGCGUCCAGGCCUCCGCACAGCCCUUCGCUGUCACCCGCGCCCCGCCGCGCCCUUCACCCCAUCCCGAGGGGCGCCUUCCCUUCCAGCAGGCUCUGUCACCCGUCCGGGCCCUAUGAUCUGUGCCAUGUCACCCUCGUUGCUUUCCGUAACUGCAGCCUGUCCCGUUUGUUUCCAAGAGACCUUUGCCAACGCGCUCGUCAAGGAAUGGCUCUCCGGCCGCUUCACACAAUACCUAAGUGAGCAGAGAGCGGUGGCACGCGUGCCAUCCCAGCACUCGCGGUGGCUGAGGCAAGAGGAGCGCAAGCGCAGGCCCAGGCUGGGGGCUUAACAACCUGGGGAGACCCCGCCUCACCGUGAAAAAGUAUUCCACAGAACAGCAUCGGAGGUCCCGGAACAGACUCCUGGGAUGCUGCCAGGUGGCUGCCGCAGUCCUCCUUCUGCCGACGGCGCCGAGUGCUGGCUUCAGAUCAUCCUUUUUAACUUUGGGCAUUUUUGAUGCUAUGUUACCUGAGAACUCUGUCUCCUUUUUGCUUCUUUUAACUUUUUCAUUCAUUGCUGGUAGGACUCAAAAUAGCUUCAUGUUUAUUGGCGGUUUGAAUGUUUUUUCUUUUCUGCAUUGCCUCUGAGUUAUUUGUGUCUUUGUAUAUUGCUAUAAUCUUCUAUUCAUGCUUGAGAGCCUGGUACUUUAGGGAUAUAAACAAUUGCUAUUUGUUUUUUAAGGCUUUCCCAGUGAAGGGUUUCUAGCAGUAAGCCCUAAUUCCUUAGGCCCCUAUUUUAUAUAAUGAACUAACAUCUACCUUAAAUAUUUAGAAUAGCAGUGCUGUAGAACUGGUAGAAUUUAGAAAUCAGGUUGUUUCUGUGUUUGGUGGUCCAGAGGGUGGAAAAUCACGAAGGGGAAAGAGGAAUUUGGCUCAAGCGACCCAAGAGAUUUCCUUUCAGGGUGACUAGCCAUCAUCUGGAGUGUAGAGUGAGGUUGACAUAUGAAAGAUGGGAAUUCUGGCUAUAAACAAACUUCACAGGAUUCUUGCUAAAACUGAAUGGUGCGGAGAUGAACACGGAAAUCCGAAAACCAAGGCAUAGUUUGAGAAAAAGAGCUCAGAAGCAUCUGAGUUGAGCAGAAAAUCUUUGUCCCCUUUGAGGGACUCGACUCUCACCUCCUAGAGGCCUUAGGGUCUUCGCUUCACAUCCAGGGUCUCGGUUUCACCGUGGCGUGACGGCAUGCCACGUCCCUCUCCCUUCAUUCCUGCCACGUAGUGGACCCUAGCAUCCCACGACUCUUGAAGAACUGCAGAAUGUACAAAAUGAGCUGCCUGGCGUGAGGACUGUUCAGGGCCAAAGGCAACUGAGAAGAAGCAGAUACAAGACUAGUUCUCCUCCCCUCUCUUUUAACUAGAAGCAGGACAUAACUGUGUCAGGAAUUCCCACCUCCUCACUCUACCAGAAGCCCACGAGUCCGCCACUGCAGACAAUUCUAGGCCCUUGUCAACUCAGACUGGGAAGCAGGGGAAUCUGCAGAAGAAACCUUGCUCCCUAGCCCUGGUUUGAAAACCUUAGUUUCUCCAGAUAGUUGCCCGGUCCUGGGGAACACUCAGUCUUUUACCUCUAGUGUUUAGUUUUUAGCUUAGUGUUGAAUUAGGGUCUUUGUAGAUGUUGUUUAUCAAUUUGUGGUAGCUGCCCCUCUACCCUUAAGAGAUUUUUUUUAAAAAAUCAUAAAUGGAUGUUGAAUUUUGUCAAACAUUUUUCCUGUAUCUGCUGAUGAGAUUGUAUUUUUUUAGAUUGUUAAUGUCAUGGAUUACUCAGACUGAUUUUCAAAUGUUGAACCAAACUUGCAUUCCUGCAAUAAAUCCAACUUGGUGAUGGUGAUUCUUUUUAUACAUUGCUGUUGUAAGGAUCCUUGCACCUAAGUUUAUGAAGUUCAUAAGUGAUAGGUUUUAUUUCUUGCUUUUUCCUCUUUGGUUUU